CUUUCAUAUAUUUGUUUAUUAUUCGCCUCGGAGUUUCCUCUCAGAUUGCAGUUUGCGCCCACUUUUGCUUCGACUACUCCGAAGAUUAUAACUUAUACAAUCAUUCAUCGUUCUUCUCAAUGAUAUAACAACCAAUUUAUAGAUUGCAGCUUCAAAUUGGAUCUCAAUUGCUAUUUCAAAUGGCGAAUGCAUCUGGGUUUCUCACUCAAAGCAUGAGGAUUUCUUCUUCUUUUGGCUUAAAUCCUUCUGGGUUUUGUUACCCUGAGGUUAUCCCCAAAAGGGUUCGCUGCUCCAGCACCUCUCAAGCUAUUGAGACUGAAUCUCGGCUCCCCAGGCUUGUAAGCAAGGGAUGCAAACUAGUUGGGUGUGGGUCAGCCGUACCUCAACUCCAGAUUUCUAAUGAUGAUCUUGCUAAAAUCGUUGAUACCAAUGAUGAAUGGAUAUCUGCGCGAACUGGAAUUCGCAAUCGACGGAUUCUUACAGGAAACGAAAGUUUGACCGGUCUGGCUGCAGAGGCAUCUCUAAAAGCACUUGAAAUGGCACAAGUAGAACCGGAUGACGUGGAUCUUAUCUUGUUGUGCACAUCGACUCCAGAAGAUCUAUUUGGUGGUGCUCCCCAGAUUCAAAAAGCACUUGGAUGUAAAGGAAAUCCACUCGCUUUUGACAUUACGGCUGCUUGUAGCGGGUUUGUAUUGGGCCUUGUAUCUGCUUCAUGUUAUAUUCGAGGGGGUGGUUUCAAGAAUGUACUUGUGAUUGGAGCCGAUUCACUCUCUCGUUAUGUUGACUGGACUGAUAGAGGGACGUGCAUUCUCUUUGGAGAUGCUGCUGGUGCUGUUCUGGUCCAGGCGUGUGACAGCGAAGAGGACGGUUUAUUUGGUUUUGACUUGCACAGUGAUGGUGACGGCAACAGGCACCUAAAUGCUGGAAUCAAAGAAAACGAAAGUAAUCAUGAAUUGGGUACAAAUGGUUCGGCCCUAGGGUUCCCCCCAAACAGCUCGUCUUUUUCAUGUAUAAAAAUGAAUGGAACAGAAGUCUUUCGGUUUGCUGUUAGCGUUGUGCCACAGACCAUUGAGGCAUCGCUAGCAAAGGCUGGUCUUGACCGUUCAGAUAUCGACUGGCUACUGCUCCAUCAGGCGAACAAGAGGAUCAUCGAUGGAGUAGCAACAAGACUAGAAGUUCCAAAGGAUAGGGUAAUAUCAAAUCUGGCCAACUAUGGCAACACGAGUGCAGCUUCUAUACCGUUGGCGUUAGAUGAAGCGGUUAGAAGCGGGAAAGUGAAACAAGGUGAAACCAUAGCAACUGCGGGGUUUGGUGCGGGUCUUACAUGGGGUUCUGCUAUCCUGAGAUGGGGUUAGAUUUGUGUUUUUAAACAUUGUUUUGUACACUGCAAGUUAUUUGGUGAGUGUGGGCAGGAAAGAAAGAUGAUGUACAUUGUUUCCAAAAUCUAAAAUCUCAUCAAUUUUGUUUUGUUUUGUUUUGAUUCCUGUUUCAUCUUCUUCUUAGUUAUGAACUACCAAAAACAUUAAUAAGAUUUCAUUCAUUAUGCAUCAA